CGCUCCAUCCCGUAUAUUUUGAGGCGGCAACAUUCAUCGGGCCCGACUUGGCCAGUGUUUUCAUUUUAUCUUACAUAAUACACGAGAUAACUGAUUAUGAAUGUAUUAGAGAAAAAAAUAUCCAAACCGUAACACUUAUCACCACACAUCCGCGAUAGUGGUCCUCCCAAUUCGCUUCUGAUGGGAAAUCACAUAUGAAGGCAUAGACAGAAAUAACAGUUAUCAGUAAUAUCGGGCAGUACAUAAGUACAUAAUACAGAAAUAAUCACGUACUGUAUGUAGAUUCCCCGUUCCUCACUUCCCCCUCGCGCCAGAGGACCUCACACGGGCCUGUCACUUUCUACACCUACCACCCAACUUUCUAUAACGCACAUGUUUCAAGAAACGAUCGCAACACAUAUUUACGUACAUCUUAAUAUCAACGAGUGAUCAACAAUUCCAAGAGCCGCCAGAGCGAAGACACAGAUGUACACACAACAUCCACAGGCGGGAGCACAACAGGCGGGACCUCCAACCACACACAGCAAGAUAGCGACUCUGGCCACCCGCGGCUGUCUGAGUCAGUCCUCCACACUAACCCUCACCCACACAUACGCACGUACACCCGUCGCAAUCAGUGAGCCAGUGGGAGCCCGCGUGGCACUCUCCAUACCAGGCGCGUUGGGAGCGAGACGUGGGCGAGGUUCCGGGUCAACAUUACAUUACACAAGGUCGCGAAAGGCAGUUUGCUGUGAUGACGGCGAUACCUUCCCACAUCUUUGGAACGUCUGAGCUUAGUAUAUGUUUCAUCGGGAAUUCAUCAGGAUCUACACAUCUCUCUUGCAACAACAACUUCCUGUGACGAGAACCUGCCUGCCUGCCUUCCAUGACUGCACAGAGAAGAAACAUGAUGAUACAAGUUGCAAAAUAAAAGCAAUGAAAAACACACCAUUACUUUCCCCCCGGCUGCCAUUGUCAACUUUCUCUCCCCAGCAGCGCCACCAGUGACGAAACCUCGCCGCCGCCGCCACCACUGGAACCGAAGCUGCACACUACCUGCACGCUCCCCGAGGUAACCCAAUGCAUGAACCUUCGAGGGGCGUAACUGCCUGGCGUCGCGUGCAAGCAUGCAUGGCCUACAUAUUGGGCUUCAAAAAUGUCUGGCAUUCGCUCCACUCGUGCUGAAUUCUUCGAACGUUAGUAAGCCGCCGCCGCCGCCGCCGUCGCCGUCGCCGGAGGAGAGAGGCCCGCGUUCGCCAGGGGCUAAUUAGCAUUUAGGAUUGCGGAGACUUAUUGUGAACAUUUAUAUUCUAGCUAGAGUCUCUUGUAGCAAGAUGCUCAUCCGAUGUAAUGACGACACUUCAUUUAACAUUUCAAGCGUGUCAGCAGUCAUAUAACUGUGAAUGUAUUUUCCUAAACUAAUAUACAAGGUUUGCUACUUUUGUUGUUACCAACUUUACCACGUACAGAGCAGUACAUCAGAUAUUAGUCCUUGUUAAAUAAUCACUAUAACUACCUUUCUUGCUACUGCCGACGUAAGUAACUCAAGCCAUUAUUGCCAGUUUAAGUACCUCCGUCACAACUACUGAUCCCGCAAGUAUGACACUCUGCCCGCAGCUGUGAAAGCUAUUGCCGAUAUUCAAGUUGUUAAUUUUAAAAUAUUUCUGCAUGCCAAGCCUUUAUCAGUAUCAUUGCAAAGUGGGUAAAUACACAAUAUAUUCAAAGACAAUAUGCAUUAUGACUAGAGAUACGCUAAGUUCUAUUAAAGUUUGUUUUGUGGAUGACUUUCAUUAUCAUUUCUAGUACCCGUAUUCACAGCAGUGACUCACGACAGAACUGCAGUAGUGUCUUACCUGCAAGAUGCUGAAGAAAUCCGAGUUCCGAGCAAGCGGUGCGAUUGAUUAUAUGGCGCCCAGCACAACCUCUCUAUAGGCAUUAGGCAAGAGCUAAAGCCAGACAAACAUCCAGUCACACUGCAUUUGCUAACUGCGAUUUUAACCGAU